AUGGAGACAACUAAUGGUCGCCAAUAUUUGUCCGAUGGAUCAGUUAUAACAAGACGACCGACACCCAGACUUCACUGCAUUUGGUGGAGACUUCGGACUCAAUUGGAGAAAACUCUGAUCUGCGGCUGGACUGCUGUUUCCCUCCUUUUCUUAGGCCUAAUCAUUGCUAUCAUUAUUUUACUAUCCAUUCAAUGCUACAUUUGUCAAACAAAAGAGUGUCUCAAUUCAGAUGAGUCGGUGUCUCCGUGUCAUGACUUUUACCGAUUUUCGUGCGGAAGAUGGCUGGACUCGACUCCUAUUCCUGAUGACAGCGAUUCUGUUUCCACUUUUAGUCAAUUGCAGGAUAAUAUUGACCUUAAAUUGAAAGAGCUUUUGUCACAACCAUUGAGUGCAAGCCUCGCAAAUGGAUUAGAGACGGAACCGUUGAUGAAAUACAUACAGCAGUUGGGCGGGUGGCCUGUCCUCGAGGGCAGCCAUUGGAAUGAAUCCAACUUUAAUUUCAGUGAUUUGAUGACUAAAUUAAGGCGUUUUGGAUUCAAAACGGAUCUCUUCUUUAAAUUAAGAGUUGCGCCAAAUAUGAAGAGAAACAAAGAAUUCAAGAUUUAUAUAUUAUUAUUGAAGAUCGUUUACCCUUGA